GAAGUCCUCGCCGCGGACGCCACGUGAGCUCACCUUUUAUUUGGCCAACUGUUGACCUGCCCAAGCGGUCAUGUGACGUGAGGUGGCCGUCAUCCUCGUCAUCACCUUCAUCCAGUCAUGGGCCUCCGUGUCUAUGUGGGGACCCUCCUGUUCUGGAUCUACUGGACCGCUGCUGUUUGGGCUGAGGACAACUGCACCGACUACCGGCUCCAGUUCGAGAGGGUCUUCACGGUGCCGGGAGACGUGGGCAUGCUCAACUGCACCCUGGUGUCUCCCGACGUCUUCGACUUCACCGCCGUGCCGUACGACGUCAGCUGGUACCGCCUGGAGACCGGGCGACCGCUCGCCAAUGUCAGCGGUCGGGUUUUGGUGCUGGGGGAGACCCUGUGGCUUCUCAACGUAACGCUGGAGGACCACGGCCAAUACCAGUGUGUGGUCAGAACCGGCUCAGGCUGCUACAAGCAGUCCACUCAGAUGGUGGUGGAGCGACGCGUGGACGGCGAGUGUGGGCGGCCUCAGAAAGCCGCUCAGGUCCUCACCAUCGGCGUGACGGACACCCUGUCCUGUCCGCUCAGGGACGUCACCAAAAAGCUGGACAGCUACCACGUCCCCUUCUCCAUCACCUGGUACAAAGGCUGUGACCUCAUCGAGGACGGCUCCGAGGGACACGUGUACCGCAGCAAGGCCAGACUGAAGAUCCAAGACGUGGACCCCCAAAACAAUGACACCUACACCUGCACUCUCACCUUCACCCUGGGCGGCGUGACAGGGUCCGUGUCGGAGACCAUUGAGGCCUGGGUCCAAGAGGAUUACUGCUUCCUGCCACAAGUCUUGAAACCCGCCAACGAAAUCUUCAAGGCGCCUUUGGGCUCCAGGUUGACGCGGGCGUGCCAGGUGUUUGUUCCGUGCAUCGGGAAGGUUCCAGAAGAUCCCAUGGUGGACAUCUUCUGGUUGGCCGACAACGAGUUUGUCUUCAGCACCGACGCCGCCGACCGCAUCUUCACAUCACAACAGCGCGUGUGGACGGGAAGCGGUCCCAGCAAAGGCGUCUGGCUGGAGCGGCUGCUCACCAUUGGUCGCCUGAAGCAGGAAGACUUCCUCAUCAACUACACCUGUCGAGCGUACAGUGGGCGGGGCCUCCCUCAGGGUCACUUUGCUGUGUUGCCGCAAGAGCCGUCCGCCGUUGUCCCCGUCAGCUGCGCUCUCAGCGGCGUCACGGCGCUCUUCAUCGCCACGGUUGUCAUCUACUUCCUCUUCAAGAUUGACAUUGUGUUGUGCUUCCGAAUGUCCUUUCCUGUCCUGUAUGCCAAUGAGGAUUGCGACGGGAAGCUGUUCGAUGCCUACGUCACGUACCCUUUGAACUGCGAGGCAGACUUCAGCGAUGAGGUGUGCACGUUUGCCCUUCACGUCCUUCCUCAGGUGCUGGAAAAAGCUUGCGGUUACAAACUCUUCAUCGCGGGCCGCGACUCCCUUCCCGGGCAGGCCAUGGUGGACUCGGUGCAGGACAACAUGCUCGCCAGCCGCCGCCUCCUGCUGCUCUACAGCGCCUCCUCCUUUAUUAGCAGCAACAACAACAACAUCAGCGUCUGCUUGGACCCUCAACGUCAACACGAGUGCGUGACGGCCAUGCACAGAGCGCUGCUGGAGGGAACGCUCAAGGUGGUGCUAGUGGAGCUGGAAGAGGUGACCCCGGCGCAGCUCGCUGUCUUCCCAGAGUCGCUGCGUCACCUGAGGAGGAAGCAGGGCGCCGUGUGCUGGUGGAAGAACCAAAGAACCCGCAGGAAGUCCUCCUCCAGGACGUGUUCGACCACGCUAGAUAAAGCGGACGCUUCGAACUCGUUGUCUCCUUCCUCCAGGUUUUGGAAGGAGAUGCGCUAUCACAUGCCGGUGAAGGGCACCAGGGGGGUGGGCCCCGAGAGAAUCGCGCUCCUGAAGGUGAGCAGCAGCAGAAAAAACACCGGUGACCUACAAUCUCUGCCAGCCCUCAAACACACCAUGACCCACGCGCAGGUGCGCGUGCUCGCCGCUCUGCUCCUCGUGGCGGUCACACACGGCCACAAGUCGGCGCUAGACACCUACCACGCCAGCGCAGGCCACCUCCUCUUGCUCAAGUGUCCCAUCGCAGACGUUCACAGCAACGUCACAUGGACCAGAGGGGGGGCAAACCCGGCUCUGCCCCCUGGAGUAGAAGUCAGAGAAAGGUUGCUAUGGUUUCUACCUGUGCAGGCAUCCCAUAAUGGCACCUACAGCUGUGAGACCAGGGACCGGAUUGGACAAAGAAGGAUGGACUUUGGAGUUUUUGUGUCCGAUGGGAUUUGUCCACCAGUCGCUGAGGUGAGGCAUGUCCCCGCGGGGGUCACCCGAAGUCUCCCCUGCAUGCAGGAGGACGUCCUGAGACGCAACCAGACACGAAACGUUCGAUGGCUCAAGGACUGCCACAGAGUGCGGCGUAAGGGCGCGGCCGUCACUGUGACUGACAGCGCCUCCUUGAGGUUACCUGAGGCCACGCAGGAAGAUGCUGGGAAGUACACCUGCCUUGUUGACGUCAGCCUCCGUGGCAGGAAGUACACGUCUGCACGCAGCAUCCAGCUGAAGAUAAGCAACAAGACCGUCCUGACUGAGCCGCAGGUCAUCCUUGAACAGGAAGUGAUUGCGGUGGAAGUGGGUGCCAGGACGGAGCUGAGGUGUCUGGCCUUGAUGGGCUUCCAAGAGGACAGCGAGAUGUCCAUCUUCUGGACGGUCAAUGGGAGUUUCAUUGAGGAUGACGAGGACCUCCAAAACUCCUCCUCCUCUUCCUUCCUUCACAGGAGAGGUCUGGUCUACGGCCAAUCCAAUCUGACCAUUUCAAGAGUUCUUCCUCGCUUCUUCAACGUGUCUAUUAGCUGCCGGUUCAAGAACUCCCUAGGAGACAAGGACUGCGUCAAGCUGCUGGUAGAAGCCCCUCGAAGCUGCUUCCACACCAACGUGGCCCUGGGCAUGGCCGCCUUGCUGCUUCUUCUUCUACUCGUGGCGGCGGCGGCGCUGGUCUACUUCAAAGUGGACGCGACACUGGCGUACAGGAAGCUGCGGGGACAUUUCGUCCAACAAGGAGACGAAGAUGUCGGCUUCUACGACGCCUUCGUGAGCGUCCUCCACUGCGGUGAGAUGACCUCGGCCCCAACGGCACGUUUCGCACUGCAGACGCUGCCUGGCGAGCUGGAGGGGCAACAUGGCUACCUGCUUUUCAUCACGGGUCGCGACGACAGCCCGGGAGAAGCGACGCACGACGCCAUCGCAGCCAUCAUGCGCCGAUGUCGCAGGCUGAUCAUCAUCAUCGUGUCACCCGGGGAGACGGAGACACGUCCAUUGAGCGACGAGCAGAAGCACCUGAGCUUCGAGCAGCAGCUGGGCCUCCACGAUGCUUUGACCCACAACCGUCCCCGAGUCAUCCUGGUGGAGAUAGAUGGUCCUCUGGACGAUAGCCGCCUGCCAGAGUCUCUGCGCUACAUCAGGAGGAAACAAGGGGCUCUGACGUGGAGGACGGACGUCCCGGGAAGCCAAAAAUGGAGAAAAUCGAACAAUCGACUUUUCUGGAAGAGGCUGAGGUAUCACAUGCCUUCGGUACCAGUGAGGAGACGCCAGGUUGACGGGCCGCCAAACCUUCUAGCACACAAGUCCAACACGUACAUAUGUUAGACACACGUAUGCUCAUAAAUAUUAAUGCACGUUCUUCUUCAUACAUCCAAAAUAUAUUUACAUGGCAGUCAAUCUGUUCCACGGCCAAACUCGUGAAACUUAGGAAAAAUUAACGGUCAAACUGACGCAAAAAUACUCAACAUGUAUGUGGAAGAAAUACUGCCAUCUAGUGGUGCUUAAUAGGUAUUGCUGAACCUAAUACACCAAUUACUUUAGCAUGAGCUUGGUAAAACGAAUGUGUAUGUAUAAUUAAGUCCCUAAGUUGCAGCUCCUGUGCUAUGGUUAUGAUCACGUUUUGUUUUUUUUUUGCUCUCACUGAUACCCUUAUGUGGUAAAGUCACAGAAACAAAACACAAAAAGUUAAAGAAAACAUAAAACUCCAUAUUUUGGUUGCCUUUUAAGGCAUAUUUUUCCAUAGAAUGUUUGCUUGAAGUCCAAAUUGCAGCAUUUUACGGUAGUUCAAUAAUUACAUCAUAGUAAACCAAUCUUAUCUGAUCAUAUCUGAUGUACUAUGUCCGCACGUGCUUGCUGAAGCAACAGGAAGCGCUCACAUCGACAGGUGCUAAUCAUUUCCGAUAGCGCUGCCGUGUGAUCUUAUCUGAGCUGCUCACUUCCUGCACGCCGCUUCUCGCUGCAUGUUGUUAAUACUAUAAAAGACACCAUGUUUUACCUUCUAGUAAGGUAACGUAGGAGUCGUACUACUAACAUUCACGUCCAGUAGUAUUUUUAAAUGAAAUAUUGCCGUUAUUAAACCUGAUUACAUUCUGCUUUAAUGAGACAUCUAGACACAAAAUAACACCCCUAUAGUAAUGCAGGGCGGAGCUACCAGAGGACUGACAGUUGUUGAUAGUAGGCCUCUAUGUAAAAAUGGACAUCCUUCUUUCAAAAUCAUCUCAUUCAUUUUCAUUGUUUGGGAAAUGGAUCAAAAUGUUGGUGAAAUGGGAAAAAAUGUUUGUGAAAUGGACAAAAAAAAGGUUGUGAAAUGCAUGAAAAUGUGUUUUUCUUGAUCCCAAACUUCGGACUUGACUUGGAUUUCCAUGUCUUUACAUGACUUACUUGUACGGUGACGUAGGUUUAAAAAUAAAGGCAACCACAUCAAAGGUUGUGGAUGUAGAUU